ACUCCCGUUAGCGGCCACUGCAUAAAAACGGCUAAAUUGAAUGAUCAGUUAUGUUGUCGUUAAUAAUGGAUGUAUCUGUACGCCAUCGUGAUCUGUUAUGAAAACUUGUGUCUUUGUAAUAAUGCAAUCAAGCCUGUCCUUGACUCAUCUGGUUAUAAACUGAUCAUGUGAUUGUGAUUUGAUCAGAAAAUAAAGACAAUAGCAGUCUUCUGAGUUCAGCGAACUUGGACCUAUAGUGAAUAUUAUAGAGAGGUAGAAUGUAAAACACGAUGGCUGGUUUUGAAACGUACCAGGAGUAUCAGCGAAUAGAGGAUUAUGAUGAAGACUCGCCUCCAGGAGAGGAAGAUUUACUCAUCCAUGUGCCAGAGGGCAGAGGAGACCCAUGGCAUCAUAUCAAGAACCUCGACAAUUUCUUCACAAGAAUCUAUCAUUUCCAUCAGAAGAAUGGAUUCGCCUGUAUGGUGUUAUCAGAGUUUUUUGAACUUGUGCAAUUCCUGUUUGUGGUCACGUUUACAACUUUUCUCUUCAACUGUGUGGAAUAUGAUGUUCUCUUUGCCAACCGGGUGGUCAACCACACGGGUCAGAGCCUCGGUCCAUUAGACAGGAACAAGGUCACCCUUCAUGAUGCGAUUUUACCUGGCGAGCAGUGCACUGAGAGGAUUCAAGGAAACAGCUGGAUCAUCUUUCUCUUGAUAAUGGCAGCCAUUUUCUGGCUUUAUCGGCUCGUGAAAGUGAUCUUCAACGUCCUCAGCUACUGGGAGAUCCGACAGUUUUAUAAAAAAGCACUGAAAAUACAGAUGGAUGAGCUGUGCAACUUCACGUGGCAAGAAGUUCAAGGCCGUUUGAUCCACCUGCAGCGUGAGCAGCCCAUGUGCGUCCAGAAGCGUGAACUUUCCGAGCUAGACAUCUAUCACCGCAUCCUGCGCUUUAAAAACUACACGGUGGCCAUGAUCAACAAGUCCCUGCUGCCCGUCAGACUGCGUGUGCCCUUCUUCGGUGACACGAUUUUCCUCACGCAGGGCCUAAAAUACAACUUUGAGCUCAUUCUGUUCUGGGGCCCUCUGUCGCUCUUCCAGAACAAGUGGAGUCUGCAUCCCAAAUACAAACGGGCGGCAAACCGGCAGGAGCUCGCCAAGCAUCUCAGCCGCAUCAUCCUGUUGACGGGUCUGGUCAAUCUGCUGCUGUGUCCUUUUGUGCUGGUGUGGCAGGUGCUGUAUGCGUUCUUUAGCUACGCUGAAGUCAUCAAGCGUGAGCCGGGAAAUUUGGGGGCCCGGCGCUGGUCGCUGUACGGCCGUCUCUACCUGCGCCACUUUAACGAACUGGAUCACGAGCUGCAAGGCAGGCUGGGUCGUGGGUACAAACCCGCCGCCAAAUACAUGAACGCUUUCGUUUCUCCUCUGCUGGCGGUGCUGGCCAAAAACGUGGCUUUCUUCUCCGGCUCGGUGCUCGCCGUGCUCAUCGCUCUGACGGUGUACGAUGAAGAUGUGCUAACCGUGCAGCACAUCCUGACCGCCAUCACUGUACUUGGCGUGGUCAUCACCAUCACCAGGUCGUUUAUUCCAGAUGAACAUAUGGUGUGGUGUCCUGAACAGCUGCUACAGUGUGUCCUGGCCCACAUUCACUACAUGCCCGACCACUGGAAGGGCAACGCUAACAAGAGCGAGACCCGUGACGAGAUGGCACAGCUUUUCCAGUAUAAAGCGGUCUUUAUAUUGGAGGAGCUUCUGAGUCCCAUAAUUACCCCCUUCAUCCUCAUCUUCCCCCUGCGGAGCAAGUCUUUAGAAAUCAUCGACUUCUUCCGCAACUUCACCGUAGAUGUGGCAGGGGUGGGAGACAUUUGUUCAUUCGCCCAGAUGGACAUCAGGCGCCAUGGAAAUCCACAGUGGAUGUCCGAAGGUCAGACGGAGGCCUCGGUGUACCAGCAGGCUGAGAACGGGAAGACGGAGCUUUCUCUGAUGCAUUUCACCAUCAAAAACCCGCACUGGCAGCCGCCGCAGGAGAGCUCCGUGUUCAUCAGCCACCUGAAGGAGAAGGUGCAUCAGGAUGCUCAGACAGGACCAUCUCCUCAGCUGCUGCUGUCCGAGGCUCCUCUCUGCACCUCGCUGCUGUCCAACGAGUCUGGCACGGGUCCUGAUAACCUGUUAGCCAGUGUGUUGGCUCACCCCGUACUGACCGCCUCCGGACUGCCUGGGAGGAACCGCCGCUUCGUCCCGCCGAGCAGCACGGCUUCCGCUGCCGCUAGUGUCCUGGCGUCCCUUUCGUCGUCUCAGCAGCCUCACGCCAGCCGGUCUCGCUCACACAGUCUCCUGCCGUCCCGACAGCAGCACGACGACACCAUGUACUGCAGCGACCACACUGUGGGCGACAGCAUGUCUGCAAGUGACUCCCGGAUGCUCAGCCAGUCUUAUUCGGCCUUGGCGUCAGAGUUUGCAUCAGCCGAGAUGAGCCUGCAUGCUAUAUACAUGCACGAGGUGCAUCAGCAAAAGACCCAGCAUGCAUCUGCACCGUUUCAGGCCUCUGUGCCAAUGAGGGACUUGAGCGCCAACAGUGGUCAAGGUCCUCUGAUACAGUCCGCACAGUCAGUCACCUUGGCGCCGCCCGCUUCUGGCCGCUUGGGCGGCUGGGCUGAAGAGGAAGAGGAGGAGCAGGCGGACGAGGAAGAGAUAAACACUAACCCUGUGCCGGAUCAGACCAGCAGAGGGAGCAGCUGAAGUGCCUUCAACCUGUACAUUUUUGUUCAUUUCUGGGAGUUGUGGCCUUACUUUGGUUUGACACCCUUUGAUCAAGCAUGUUGGGACGCCACACAGAGCAUGACGCUCAAAGAGCCCGCCGAAGCAGUUCGGUUCUCUGGACGCACCGUCUUCCAGUUCAGAGGAACUGUGACGUAACGGACUGCCACGUCCCCUCCCUCGUCACGUCAGUUACAUUUACAUUUCAGACUGCUGUGUGUUUGUGUUAUAGAGUGUGUGUUUUGUUUUGUUCUAUGAUACAACAGGGUGACACUUGUUUUACAGUAUUUAUUUCCAUUUCAUUUUCUUUCAUGCACCGUUUGUUUCAUUUGGGUUAGAGCACGUUACGUUUUCCACGUCUCUGAUUCAAAGCGCUGCCUCGGUUUGCAGGAUGAAAACAUCCUUUUAUCCUAGUAUUGCUAGUUUCAUUUUUGCAUUACAGCAUCGGCGGACAGAAAAUAUCACUGAAUGUAAAAUCAUACCAGUUGCCUCAUGAGAAAAAAAAAAUUAUUCGUCACAAAGUUAUAAAACAUGAUUUUUUUUCUUAAAGAAAAUAUAAUAUAUAGACUUGGGGAUCAUUUUUGCCUAAUGAAAAAUGUAAUUUAAAAUUAAAAGUAAUUCGCGUUUGCAGACAUUUUGACACAGUAACCUCUUAGCUUGAGAUGAAAAAAAGAUUUUAGCAAUAAAACAUAUCACGCUUUACCAAAAAGCGUUUGAUUGUAGAAGGGAACGCACAAAAGAAAUAAAAAUGAAGUCUUAUUUUUGCGGUUUGUCUAAAACGUAGGUCUGUCAUGAGCAUUUCAUCUACAGCAACAAAUAUGCUAGUUUUAAAUCAUCUUAGACGACCAUAUGACUGCAUUAAAGGAUUAGCUAUUUAAAUGACACUAAAGCUACAAGAAUGAUUAACUAUCAAACUGAGGAGUUAAUGUGGAAAAACAGAUUAAAUUAUUUAAAUGAAAGCAUUUUUUAAAGCCAGACGUUAGUCCCAAUUCACAGCCGUUGAAAUAUUAUUUCUAGACUACUUGUUCAGCUUGUAAACAGCAGAUUAGCACAUUAUUUAACCACUUAAGAAGUUCAAAUGAAACACUAUUCAAGACUAAAGUCAGUUUGAAGGUGCAAGUGUUGUAUUUUUGAGGAUUUGUACUCUGUACCCAACCGAUAACAGUCCCUUCCAGCAUGUUGACUUAAAUAUUACACAUCUGACAGAUGAUCUUUCAAGCCGAAUCCCAGAAUUCAUCAGUUUAAGCAGUUAAUGUGGUGUGUCCCGAGUCUGUGUCGACCCAAAUCUGAAGGGUAUGAGUUUGUGUAGAGUUCAGUCAGGUUUCAAACUAGAAUCUGCCGUUAUCCAGAACAAAAUAGUUGUAGCUAAUGUGCUCUCUCAAAGCGCAGGAGAGUUCGUCUCUGUAAUAUAUCACUAUCACGAGAGCCUAAGGGCUUUUGACAGUUUACACAUGGUAUAUGACACUCUGGUCAGAGAUAUACCCACAAUUCACGUCCUGUGGCCGGAGCGUGUCAGAAGCUUUCAGAAAUCACCUACUUGAAAUCCUGCAGUUAAGAGAGUAGCUUAAAGCAUAGUUAAUAAAGAUAACGGCAUCUAUAUCACACCCACUGAAAUACCUCCAGAUGUACCUUAAGACCGUGUAUGUACAGUAUUUAUUUGUGUGGGACGUUAUUGAGCGAACGCGAUCAGGAUGUAGUUGCAGACGUGCUGUUUGCAGUGUUACAGGAUUGGAGGGCUUUUUUCCACACAAGACUGAACUGUGCAAGUGAAACACAUUGUUUUACAGCUCUGUUAUCUUAAUGUUCUGUUUAAACAGUCUGGGGUCGGACUGUGCCAGGUGCUAUAUAAAUAUGUAUAUUUAAUUUGUUUCGAUAUUUAUCUCUUUUUGUUGGAUUUUGACCUUUUUUGUCUGAUCAAAAUAACACUAUCAAAAAAUAAACCAUAGCAAAACCGG